UACGCCCAUGAACACGUGUGUUAUACGUGGGUCAAUAUUCAUAUUAAUCUAUCUGCAGUUUAUACGAUAAAGGAUGAUGAAGAUGAGGAAGAUGAUGGCUGCAGUGUGUUUGUGUGUGACACUUUGUGUCUUCGCGCCUGCUUUGGGAGGUGAACACUCUCUGUUUUACACCUACACGGCUCUGUCUAAACCUCUCAAUCUGACUGGAAUCUAUGAGUUCACCGCACUGGGCAUGCUCGAUGACCGAGAACUCGACUACUACAGCAGUGAGACUCAGGUUAAGGUUCCUAAACAGGACUGGAUGAAGGAGAAGAUGGAAAAGGAUUACUGGGAUAAAGGAACUCAGUCCCGUAAGAGCAAAGAGCAGUGGUUUAAGGUCAACGUGGACAUCCUGAUGGAGCGAAUGAGACACAAUAAGUCUGACCUUCAUGUUCUUCAGUGGAGACAUGGCUGUGUGGUUGAAGCUGAAAACGGAAAUAGUAAAUAUGUGAGAGGAAUUGAUGAGUACAGCUACGAUGGUGCUGAGUUCCUCUCCUUUGAUGAUAAAAACUCGAGGUGGAUCGCUCCAGUUCAGGCUGCUGAGCCGACCAAAAGGAAAUGGGAUGAAGUGUCCAUCCUUAACACAUACACCAAGAGCUACCUGGAGAAAGAGUGUGUGGACUGGCUCACCAAGUUCAUGGACUAUGGACAACAAGAACUGAGUAAAUUUUCUCCCCCAGAGGUGCAUCUACUUACAAAGAGAUCAGUGACUAACAGCAAAAAGCUGACCUUGACCUGCCUGGCCACAGGUUUCUACCCUCCAGAUGUGGAGAUGCGGGUGAGAAAGUCCACAACUUCCCUGCCUGAACAUCUGGUAGUAUCUUCAGGAGUCAGACCCAAUGGUGAUGGCACAUACCAGCUGAGGAAGAGUGUGAAGAUCCUGGAGGAUGAAAAACCACUGUACACUUGUUAUGUGAAUCACAUCACUCUGAAGAAUCCUAUAAUUGUAGGUGAAGAUUGCUUUGACUGCUCCGUAGCUUCGAGUGUUAGCAUUGGAGCAGUGAUUGGAGUUCUGUUGGUGCUGGUUGGGGUUGCUUGUGUCAUCUAUAUUCUUUAUUCCAUGAAAUAUAUUGUCUGUCCAGCUUUCUUGAACAUAACAACAAAUGAACAACAAGCUGUGGAUGGAAAUGUGGCAUAUGUUCCAGCUCCUGCAGCUGAUCUGGAAGCGAGUGGACAUGCGAAUGGACAUGAGGAAGAAUGUGCGAAUGGACACAAGAAUGGCAUCAACUAAGCAGCAUGAAGACAAGGAUCUCAGACCAAAUGACCACAAAAAAGUUUUAACCCUCAUGCUGUCUUUUACAUUUUAAAUUUAAUGUGGUAACAGAACUGGGUACGAAGUUCAAUGUUCAUGCUUUUAAAAACAUUUGACA